AUGCAAGAGAACGGAGAAUACCCACCAGAUUUUGUCGCCCAUGGUCUCCACGAAGUCUACUCUCCCUUCUGGUCUGAUCUUCCCCACACAGAUAUCUUCCGCUGUAUCUCGUCCGACCUCCUGCAUCAGCUUCACCACGGAGUCUUCAAGGAUCACCUCGUCCAGUGGUGCACUGCUCUUGUGGCUGGUGGUGCGACCGAACUCGACAAACACCUGCAGUCAAUGCCACCAUAUACUGGGCUAAGACACUUCGAGAAGGGCAUCUCACCUAUCACGCAGUGGAGUGCUGGCGAACAUAGACAGCUCCAGCGUGUGUUUGUCGCUGCAUUGGCCGGUUCUGUGGACUCGCGCGCGAUGAAGGCCGUACGAGCGCUUCUGGAUUUUGUGAUGGUGGCACAGUACCAUUCCCAAACAACCGAAACACUCACACGCUUGCGGCAAUCACUGACCGAUUUCCACGCAAACAAGCAGAUCUUCAUCGCAUUGAAUGCGCGUACUCAAGAUCACUUCAAUAUCCCAAAGCUUCAUUCGCUUCUUCACUACCUUGAAACAAUCCUCGCUCUUGGCUCGCUCGACGGUCUCAACACUGAGAACACGGAACGGCUGCACAUUGAUUUUGCUAAGAAAGCAUGGCGAGGUACGAACCAUAAAGACUAUGUCUUCCAAAUGGCGCGAUGGCUUCAACGACGCGAGUCAGCUCUUGACGUCGAAGAACCCAUUCUCAGCGACACGGAAGACAUGCCAUCCGAUAGCGUCGCUCAUCCACACAACCCGACGCUUCCCGCAGCACCUGAAGUGGCAAAGCACCCGCCUGUCCGUGGAGUUUCGGUCCCUACUCUUGAGGCGGACUAUGGCGCAUUCGGCUUUGUUGCCACCUUAACCACCUUUCUGAUGGAAGAGGGACGGCUUCGACACGGCUUCCACCCGAACGAAUAUGAUCAUUUCGAUCUCUACAACGGCGCUGUUCUUCAUAUCCGCCCCGAUGCACACCUAAACCCCAAUUUGCUCAGAAUGCGUAUUCGAGCAACAGCUGCACACUCAAACGGUCCCAGGAAGUCACAUUCACUGCCAAGAUGGGAUACUGCUCUUCUAGAAGAGGAUCACGACGCCUAUGCAGAGUUUGGUGGGCUCAAUGGUCUUCGUGUCGUGCAAAUACGUGCUAUAUUCAAGUUGCCUGAGCACUUAUCCCGGCCGGUGUUGGAAGAACCACUCGUCUAUGUCCACCUAUUUCGAAAACUGGGUGCCAUGGAUGAAGAUUCGGGGAUGUACAAGUUCAAGCGAGCCACGCACCGAGGUCAACUGUGGGCCCGUGUGGUAAGACUAUCUAAGUUGAUUCGCCCGUGUCAUAUCACACCAAAGUUUGGACGCACUGCUGUGCCGCGAAAUUGGAUAGGUGAAGAACAGUCGUGUUUCGGGCCAUGA